AUGAGAAACGAUACUGUGACACGAGAACUCAGCCAAAGUCGACAAAUAUACGAAUCAACUGGUCACGAUAAUGUUACUAUCAACCAUGCCGCAGAGAGUUUGCCGAUCCGAUCGGUCACGGGUGAAACCUUCUACGCAGAAGGUUAUGGUGACGUUGUCAUUGAUCUUGCAUUUUACGACUAUGCAACUGACGAACAGGACACUAAGGAGCGUAUCCGCAUAGAGGGCAUCGUGCUCCGGAAGGUUUGGUAA